CAGAAUAACGAUUUUCUCAGGAACACGGUGCAUCGCCACGAGCCGCCGGUCACUGCCCAGCCUAUCCAGAUCUUGGCGGAGGACGAUGAGGUGGUGGUUGUGGACAAACCCUCCUCUUUGCCCGUCCAUCCCUGCGGCAGGUUUCGUCACAACACGGUCAUCUUCAUCCUAGGCAAAGAGCAUGACCUGAAGGAGCUGCACACCAUUCACCGCCUCGACCGCAUGACCUCGGGAGUCCUGAUGUUUGCCAAGACCACGGAGGUGUCCAAGAGAAUCGAUGAGCAGGUUCGGGAGCGACAGCUGGAAAAGGAGUACGUCUGCCGUGUGGUGGGAGAGUUUCCAGAACACGAGGUGGUCUGUGAGGAGCCCAUCCUGGUCGUUUCUUACAAAGUGGGAGUGUGCCGCGUGGACCCCAAAGGGAAAUCCUGCAAAACCAUCUUCCAGAGGCUCAGUUACAACGGCAAGACCAGCGUGGUCAAGUGUCUUCCUCUCACUGGCCGCACGCACCAGAUCCGGGUCCACCUGCAGUAUUUGGGGCACCCUAUUGUCAACGACCCCAUCUAUAACAUGGAAGCUUGGGGCCCUGAGAGGGGGAAAGGUGGGAAGAUCGAUAAAACGGAUGAGGAACUCCUCAAGGCGCUGGUAGACGAGCAUCGUUCCAAGCAAAGCCUGGAUAUCUUGGAUAUUCCAGAGGAGGACUUGAACUCUGGAAAUCACAAAGCACCUUGUCCGUUGGACUCUGAUAGCAACCUGGAAAUGCUGGAAAAAAAGGAAGAACUUGGUUCAUGUGAGAGCCAGGACGGGCAAACGGGAGAAAAGGGUUCAGAAGAGAGGGACCCUUUGUGCGUGGAGUGCAAAACGUCACGGAGGGACCCAUCUCCCAAGGAGCUGGUGAUGUACCUGCACGCCUUGCGCUAUAAGGGAGCAGAGUUUGAGUAUUGCUCCAAGAUGCCCGAGUGGGCGAUGGAGGACUGGGAGGAAUGA